AGGUUAUCACAAUCACAAAAAUUAAAAAGAUUAAAAUCUAGUGCAUUCAUAAUAGCGUCAAGAUGCAUAAUGAACAAGACGAGAUUCCAUUGAAGGAAGUUGCAGCAAACAAAGACGCAUCAGACAAUGUAGAAACCAGACCUAAAAAACUAAACUAUUUUCUUUAUAUAAUUGCAGCAAUAGUCAAUCUCUUAAGUAUUGCUUCUGGAAGUGCAAUCGUUUGGGUUACUCCUGCCCUUCCUAAGUUGGACGGAAGUAGAGGAAUCGAAGAAAACCCUUUUAGUCGACCCAUCACCACGUCUGAAAUUUCGUUAUUAGCAGCUUUAACACCUCUGGGUGGAGUGGUCGGGCCUUUAGGUGCCGCCAAAAUUGCCGCCAAGUUUGGAAGAAAGCGAAUGCUACUGAUUUUAGCGUGUCUUCUAGGUGUAUCUUAUUUGAUUCCGGUAGUUGCCAAGACUAUUGCGUGGUUUUAUACUUCUAGAUUUUUAAUAGGGGUCGCUGUUGGUGGUGUGUACGCUGUUAUUCCGGUAUAUUUGACGGAGAUUGCGGAAAAUCACAACCGUGGUGCUUUAGGUUGCUCCAUGGCUAUAUUUGUAGCUUGUGGUAUGACUGUCACUUUAAUAAUAGGCCCCUAUUUAUCCAUUCCAAUAUUUUCUUUGGUUUGUGCGACCCCUAUUUUUAUUUUCGUUCCAAUUUUUGUUAUUUUGGGUCCAGAAACGCCUCCAUUUCUAGCAUCCACUAACGAUGUCAAAAAUUUGGCGAAGAGUCUCUUCAAACUAAGAAAUAAUAGUCCCGAAGAAAUACACAAAGAAAUGGAUCGUAUUCUUGAAGCUGCCAAACGUACUAGUAGUCAAAAUUCAGGCAGACUUCAGGACUUGUUCAAAGUUGCUUACUUACGAAGAACUCUGCUGAUAUCUACAACACUGUGUCUUUUCCAGCAAGGUGUCGGUUUUGGUUGCGUAGUCUCGUAUAUGCAGAUCAUUUUCGAAGCUUCUAAGGCCAACCUAGCCUCUGAAUUCUGUGUAAUGAUUGUUGGCACGUGCCAACUACUUGGUACUCUCUUAUCAUCUAUAAUUGUGGAUCGCGCCGGACGAAGGAUGCUACUUCUUGGUUCUACUUUUGGUAUUUUUGUAGCGCUGUCAACUUUAGGGCUGUAUUUUUGGCUAAAAAAUAACCAGUUUCAACUUGAUGGCUUUUCGUGGCUGCCGAUUUUAUGUCUUUCUGUGUUUAUUGUUUCGUUUGGGAUAGGUUUAGGGCCUGUUGCAUGGGUUGUAAUGGCGGAGGUAUUUCCACCAAAUGUCAAAUCGUAUGCUGCCUCUAUAGUUGGUUGUAGUACUUUUGUUUUAUCUUUUAUUGUUGUUGUUGCUUUUCCUCAUUUGUCUUUAGUGUUAGGUAUGGCGAAGUGUUUCGUUAUGUUUUCUGUGGUAUCGUUAGCGGGAUGUGUAUUUAUAUAUUGGAUGGUGCCGGAAACCAAAGGGAAAACUUUGGAGGAAAUUCAGAGAUCCUUGAGACGAAGGUGACGGUAAUUUUUAUAUAAUAAACAAAUUUUGGAC